AUGAGCUUUCUCUUAUUAUUGGUCACUUACAACUACGACUUUUGUGAGGAGCCGAUGUUCACGACGUCGAGGUUCGGCAAGCCCGUCAUCCAGUACGGAAGGUAUCGAUUCAACAAGCGAAGCGACAGCAAGGGCCCCCGUAUGGGCUGGACCUGCACUAAGGUCUCCACUGGGUGCCGCGCCACCAUCGUCACCGUCAACGACGAAAUCAUCAAACUUAACAACACCCACAACCAU